UCAGCUCAGUUUUGAGUGAGUAGGUGAUGUAUCAGGAUUUGUGCUCAUUCAUCUUUUUUCCCUCUGUGACUGCAAAACACUUUGUGUUCUGAAAAGUUUGAAACACUUCGUCCUCUGAAACGUUUGAUAUCUAGCUGUGGUCUGACAUUCACCAGAAUGUCAGAGGACUCUCUGGUGCCUGGCUCCUUUGUGGUAGCAGACUAUGUGGUAUUUGCUCUUAUGCUCGUGGUGUCUGCUGCAGUCGGAGUCUACUUUGCCUGGGCAGACAGGGACCAGCGAAGCUCGGGUGACUUCCUGAUGGGGGGGCGAAGACUGACGGCCCUGCCUGUUUCCCUGUCCUUGACCGCCAGCUUCAUGUCAGCCAUCACGGUGCUGUCCAACCCAGCUGAAGUCUACCGAUAUGGAGCCAAUAUUGGAUUUUAUGGUAUUUCCUAUGUACUGACAAUGGUGGUCACAUCUGAGGUCUUUCUGCCAGUCUUCUACAGACUGUCUAUCACCAGCACAUAUGAGUAUCUGGAGCUGCGGUUCAACAGAACAAUACGUCUACUGGGAACUGUGCUCUUCAUUGCUCAGACAAUCCUCUACACUGGAAUCGUCAUUUAUGCCCCAGCUCUAGCUUUAAACCAAGUAACUGGUAUGGAUCUGUGGGGUGCAGUUAUUUCCACAGGCGUGGUCUGUACCUUUUACUGCACACUGGGUGGUUUGAAGGCAGUAGUAUGGACAGAUGUGUUUCAGCUUGGUGUCAUGCUCGCAGGAUUCCUGUCUGUCAUCAUUAGGUCUGUGGUCUUAAAAGAUGGAGUCCUCCCCAUCAUUUCAGAUUCACAAGAAGGAGGGAGACUUAACUUUUGGGACUUUGACACAAACCCACUGAGGAGACACACAUUUUGGACCAUAUCAAUUGGAGGGACUUUUGUCUGGGUCAGUAUCUAUGGGAUCAACCAGGCCCAGGUUCAGAGAUACAUCUCCUGCAAGAGCAUCAUUCAUGCCAAACUAUCUCUGUACAUCAACCUGUUGGGCCUCUUGUCCAUCUUGCUGUGCUCAGUGUUUGCAGGAAUGUGCCUCUUCUCAGUCUAUAAGGACUGUGACCCGUGGACUGCUGGACUAGUUUCUGCUCCUGAUCAGUUGAUGCCAUAUUUGGUGAUGGACAUCUUGAGAGACUAUCCUGGCCUUCCAGGGCUGUUUGUUGCAGCUGCAUAUAGUGGAUCUCUAAGCACAGUGUCUUCCAGCAUCAAUGCUCUGGCAGCAGUGACAGUAGAAGACCUGAUCAAACCAUACACCAGCAUGUCUGAGAAACAUCUGUCCUGGACCUCAAAAGGACUCAGUCUCAUAUAUGGGGUUCUGUGUAUUGGAAUGGCUGGACUGGCUUCACUCAUGGGAGGGAUCUUGCAGGCAGCAAUCAGUAUAUUUGGCAUCAUUGGAGGUCCUUUACUUGGCCUGUUCACAUUGGGUAUCCUCUGUCCAUUUGCUAACUCCAAAGGAGUGUUAUUAGGCCUUAUGUCAGGGCUGGUUGUGUCUCUGUGGCUGGGCAUUGGAGCUCAGAUAUACCCUCCCACUCCUGCAAUGACCCGACCUCUUUCACUAACUACUGAAGGCUGUAACUUCACAACUACAGACAGCUUCAACUGGACCUCCACUGUUCAGCCAACACAGCCAACCUCCAUCACCGCAGCCCCAGUUAACAGAACCGAUGGCAACUCCAGGCCUCCGCUAACAGAUAACUGGUACUCAUUGUCCUACCUUUACUUCAGUCCUGUUGGAACCAUAAUAACCAUCAGUGUGGGAUUAUUAUUCAGCUUGUUCACAGGGGGCUGGAAGGUGAAGGUGGAAUCAAGGCUUACAUUAACAAAAGAAGACACAACUCUUUAUCAUCUUGUCAAGUUUUUCAAAGACACAGUCAUGAGGCAGACAGGGCAGCUCGAUCUGACAAGGGACAGAGAGAGGUUUGGUGGCCCUAAUCCUGGUUUCUGUGACGUUGAACUGGACUUAACAAAAAGGAACAUUCCAACGUGAAAGACAAGAAAGCAUGACAUAUACAUUUUGGAUUUUUCAGACCAAGGUGCACUUAGCCAAUAAAAAAAACUUUGCGGACCACCUGCCUACCCAACAUCCCUGAAAACAAUUGGCAUAUUUUGCCAGUAUAUUACAAAUUACAGCAUAGCCACUCACGUGUCAUACUGUUUGUUGCCAUCUUAAUGGGAUUAAUUGUGUUGCUUUUUCUGAGACUCAGAUGAAGUGAUGUGUGGCUCCAAACUGGAGAAUUCUAGUCUCAAAAAACCCGCUGAACUGAUGGUUUUUGAAAUAAAUCGUAACACCAAUAUACUUAUUUUAUGCAGGCAGUGUCUGCUGAAGAUAAAUGCAUGGACAAGUUUUGCCAAAACCUGUUGAGACAUAAGUCAUUUUAUACUGGAUAUAUUCUUAACAUGAUAGUAGGCUGACUUUGUAAUUGUCUCAGUGUGGCUGCUGAAAUUCAGGUCUGCGUCCAUGAUCACACUGAAGGUUUCUGGCUUGGUUUGUAGUUUUCAACACUACGGAUCGAAGUUGAGCAGAAAACUGUUAGUUGUUCUCCCUUGGCUCCAAGAAUAAUCAUUUCAGUAUUAUCUUUUUUUAACUGUAGAAAACUCUGAUACAUCCAAUCACUGAUUUGUUCAAUGCAUCCAUUUAGCAUUUAACUUUAACUUUCUUGAUAAUUAGUACCUAGUGUGUGUGGUCAGAACAAUACCUUCUCUCAUGUACUGUCCAGUAUGCUGAUACAGGGAACAUAAACACAAGAAAAAUCAAAAUUUAGACAUUAAAUGUGUAAAAAAAAUGAGAAGGAAGAGGGAAGUGCCAAAACUUAAUUUUUUUUCAUAGAGGACUAUUGAGUGCAAAGCUGUGCACUGUUUGACAGUUUUUACUAAUAUUUUGAAUACAGUAGUUUUAUUUCUACUCUUGGUUCGACAUACUAAAAUGGAUUCUCAGGUGGCUGGCUCCUUUGUGGUGGCAGACUAUGUGGUGUUUGAUCUCAUGCUGGUGGUAUUCGUUGCCCUCGGCUUCUGUUUUGCUUGGACUCCAGGGGGACAAAGAUUUAAUGCAUUCCCCGUCUCCAUGUACAUGUCCGCAAGCUGCCUGUCAUCCGUCACAAUGCUGUCGAACCCGGCUGAGGUAAAGCUGACACAAUGUUCUAGAUUAGUGUUCAAAUCCAAACAAAGAAAAUGAAAAAAAGGAGAUAGUAAGAUCUUUUUCUGGUACGUAAUGUUCCUGUUGUUUAAACAGAAGUUUACCUUGCUAAACAGAUCCUUCAGUAAUCAAAUAAAAGAAAUUACCAACCAAGCAAUGUUGACCGAACAACAGUGUUGUGAUAAGUGGUAAUGUCUUUGGCAACUUACAUAAGGAAAAAAAUACCGCAGUUAUAUGUGGAAAAGCCACAGUAAUCAACCCCGACUAUGUCAGUUCCUUCUGUAGAUAUUUUCAGUAAUUAGGGGCUGUGUAUUUUAAACUAAUACAGUUAAAACACAGGUCCAAGCAGGGCUUUAUGUAUAUAAAAAACAAAUGUGAAAGUCUGCUGACCCACAGGGAUUACAGUGCACGUGGAGUACAGUGGUAUCAAUUUACACAGUCAUUAAUAAAACAUGGUGACAGUGGUGAAGGGAAAACAGGAUUUGAUUCUAAAAAAAAUGAAAUUACAUAAUGAUCAGUGAUUUUGAGUCUUGACAACUGUACAUAACAUGCCUGUCUAAAUGGAAUAUGAAUAAAUGGGUUCAUUACAUAUA